ACUUGUGGCGCGUGAGGUGCGGGCGCGCGCCCAGCGGUAGUGCCGCAGCGGACUUUUGCCCUCCGACUUUCUGACGGACGACAGGGGGAAAAAAGUGGCGGCAAGGAGCAACUGGAACAUGUUCUCAUCGAAGUCUCCGGGAACUCCGUCCAAGUCUGCGUCCAGGUGGCCGAGUGACGCUUCACGGGAACAGAUUUGUAUGGUGGAGUGUAAACCGGACUGUGACGUGCAGUGCGCGAGCGCCAGCCGCAAACACUGUGCGGCUCCGUUAAAGGGGAAUGGAUCUGCCACUGUACUCGAAGGUAUUGACAACUUGGCCUAUGAGGAUGGCAGCCAGAGUGUGUGUUGUCCUCCACCCAAAUCUACUUCCACAGAGACCUUCACAGUCAAGCUGGGACUCAGUCCUGAGCAUGAAUUCCCAGAAAUUGAAAGCAGAAUCUUCAACCUACAUGGUGUGCUCGCUGCCAGCUUCUCUGCGGCCAGCAACUUGGCCAAGGUGGACUAUGAUGCCUCAAUUACCACAGAGAAAGAAAUUGCCCUGGAGCUCCAUGCAAUGGCAUAUGAUGUAGAGGCAGCAGUGUACAUCAGGGUAGAUGGUAUGCACUGCCAAUCCUGUGUGCAAACCAUCGAGGGGCAGAUUGGAGUGUUUCCAGGAGUUUCAUAUAUUCAGGUAUUCCUUCAAGAUGGUGUUGCACUGAUUAUAUUCCAGCCUCUUGUAGUUACACAACAGGAGCUGAGAGAUAAGAUUGAGGAUAUGGGAUUCAGUGCCACUUUCUCAGCUGAAGAUCCAUCUGGAAAGGACAUAAGCUACUGGCAGAGGGACCGCCAAGCACCCACACUGAACUCAUCAGUCCAGACUGUAACUAUUUGGAUUGCAGGGAUGACUUGCAACUCUUGUGUGCAUUCCAUUGAAGGGAAGAUCUCUCAAAUGACAGGUGUGCAUUCAGUGGUGGUGUCACUGAAGGAGGAAAAGGGAACAAUUACCUUUGACCCCAGCCUCACAGAGCCAGAACAGCUCAGGGCGGCUGUUGAAGACAUGGGAUUUGAAACUUCACUUGAAAAACCUGCUGCUGAUGAGAGCAUCCAGAGUCAUGAAAAAUCCAGGCCUGUCAUGUCAAAGACUUCUGACCCCUCCAAGAGGCGGUCACCCUGUAAGGUGGCAGUCAGCAAUGGCACUGGAUCACAGCUGACUGCCGCUGGCCUUCGAACCAACUCUGCUGAGAUUAACGUACAAAAAUGCUUCAUUUGCAUUACAGGAAUGACUUGUGCCUCCUGUGUGGCUCAUAUUGAGAAGUACCUGCUGACGCACAAGGGAAUCAUCUCGGUGUUGGUGUCGCUUAUGGGUGGAAAGGCAGAAGUGAAAUAUGAUGCAAGGGUCAAAAGUGCUGCUGAUGUCUGUUGGCUCAUAGAAGACAUUGGAUUUGAUGCCAAACUGAUUGAAGAUAACACAGUAACCUGUGGGAAGAUGAGCCUCACUGUAACAGGUAUGACAUGUGCAUCAUGUGUUCAUAAUAUUGAGUCCAAGCUUACUGCCACCAAAGGGAUCCUCUCGGCCUCAGUGGCGCUGUCGACCAAAAAGGCUCAGAUCCAUUUUGAUCCAGAGGAGGUUGGUCCUCGAGAUGUUAUCAAGAUCAUCGAGAAUCUUGGCUUUGGAGCCAGUCUGGUGAAGGAAAACUUCAAAAAUAACCUCGACCACACGGAAGAGAUUCAACAGUGGAAGAACUCGUUCCUCUUGAGUCUUGUUUUUGGCCUACCAGUGAUGGGCCUCAUGAUCUAUAUGAUGGUAAUGGACAGUCAACACCAAGAACAUGGAGGUUCUAUGCCAGAGGGACAAAACCUGCUGCCCGGUCUCUCCAUCCUCAACCUGGUCUUUUUCCUGCUGUGUACACCUGUGCAGAUCUUUGGAGGCCGAUACUUCUACCUUCAGGCUUAUCGCUCAUUAAAGCACCAUACAGCCAACAUGGACGUGCUAAUCGUACUAGCCACUUCCAUCGCUUAUGUCUACUCCUGUGUUGUCCUCAUCGUAGCCAUGGCCGAGCGAGCUAGCCAGAGCCCCAUGACCUUUUUUGACACUCCGCCCAUGCUCUUUGUGUUCAUUGCCUUGGGCAGAUGGUUGGAGCAUAUAGCAAAGAGUAAAACAUCAGAAGCUUUGGCCAAGUUGAUGUCACUGCAAGCCACCGAUGCCACUGUGGUCACUUUAGGACCUGAUCACUCCAUCAUAAAUGAGGAGCAGGUGGUGGUGGAGCUGGUGCAGAGAGGUGACAUUGUGAAGAUCGUCCCUGGAGGAAAGUUUCCAGUUGAUGGGAAAGUGAUCGAAGGAAGCUCAAUGGCAGAUGAGUCGCUCAUCACAGGUGAGCCCAUGCCUGUUCGUAAGAAAGUGGGCAGUGUGGUGAUCGCCGGCUCCAUUAAUUCUCAUGGUUCUCUUCUGGUGGAGGCCACUCACGUGGGAGCAGACACAACUCUGUCUCAAAUUGUCAGACUGGUGGAAGAGGCCCAAACAUCUAAAGCCCCCAUCCAGCAGUUUGCGGACCGGCUCAGUGGAUAUUUUGUGCCGUUCAUCAUUCUCAUUUCUCUGCUGACCCUAGUGGUCUGGCUGGCUGUCGGGUUUGUCAACUUUGACAUUGUGAAGGAGAACUUCCCGGGUUACAACUCCAACAUCUCCAAGGCAGAGGUUAUCGUCCGCUUUGCCUUUCAGACUUCCAUCACUGUUCUGUCCAUUGCCUGCCCGUGUUCUCUGGGGCUGGCAACCCCAACCGCCGUCAUGGUGGGCACAGGCGUCGGAGCCCAGAACGGGAUCCUCAUCAAAGGAGGAGAGCCACUGGAGAUGGCACACAAGAUUGGUGUAGUGAUGUUUGAUAAGACUGGUACGAUUACAAAUGGCAUGCCGCGGGUGACACGUGUUCUGGUCUUGUGGGAAAUGACCCGCAUGCCCCUAAGGAAGAUCUUGGCAGUGGUCGGCACAGCAGAGGCUAACAGCGAGCACCCGCUGGGCAUGGCGGUCGCUAAGCACUGUAGAGAGGAGUUGGGUUCCGAUAUGCUGGGCUACUGCCGGGAGUUUCAGGCAGUUCCUGGCUGUGGAAUCAGUUGCCGGGUCUCUGGAGUAGAACAUCUGCUACAGCAGCAAAAUGAAGAACGUUUUCUGCUGCCUGGAGCCACCACUGAUGAAAGCAGCCUGCUGGCUGAUGAUGAAGACCCGACUGCAGGUGAGGUCUUGUCUUACACUGUGCUGAUUGGAAACAGAGAAUGGAUGAGGAGGAACGGCCAUCACAUUGGAGCAGAUGUUGAUGCUGCCAUGUCCAGCCAUGAAGCAAAAGGGCAGACAGCUAUUCUAGUAGCAAUAGAUGGUGCGUUGUGUGCCAUGUUAGCCAUCGCAGACACAGUCAAAACAGAGUCAGCUCUAGCAGUGCACACACUCAACAGCAUGGGCAUCGAGGUGGCCAUGAUAACAGGAGACAACAGGCGCACUGCAAAAGCUAUAGCUGCACAGGUGGGGAUCAAAAAGGUGUUUGCACAGGUGCUGCCUUCACAUAAGGUUGCAAAAGUGCAGGAGCUUCAGGAAAAAGGCCUGCGUGUUGCAAUGGUUGGAGACGGAGUCAAUGACUCACCUGCCCUCGCCUGUGCUGACGUCGGUAUCGCCAUCGGUACUGGCACAGACGUAGCUAUCGAGGCGGCGGACAUUGUCCUUAUUCGAAAUGAUCUGAUGGAUGUGGUGGCCAGUGUGGAGCUGUCUAAGAAAACAGUACAGAGGAUCCGCAUCAACUUCAUCUUCGCUCUUGUUUACAACCUUGUAGGAAUCCCCAUCGCUGCAGGCGUGUUCAUGCCUGCUGGUCUCGUUUUGCAGCCAUGGAUGGGCUCAGCAGCGAUGGCUGCCUCGUCUGUUUCAGUCGUUCUGUCAUCUUUACUCUUGAGAAUGUACAAGAAAACCUCGGCGGAGCUGUACGAGGUGCGAGCGCAGGGUCAGAUGAAGAGCCUGCGGUCAUCACAGAUCAGCACACAUUUGGGCCUGGAUGGACGGCGGCACAGCCCCACCCCUCUCGCAAGAACGCAGGAACAGCAAAGCCAACACAACAUUGAUCAACCCAAAACCUCCAGCCUGCCAAUCAGCCAAGACUUGUCCAUCAAGUCUGUCCAGGAGAUGGGCCGCAACUCCCUCCUGAAACACCAAACCACAGCCACCAAUCUUAAUGUUUAAAUGGGAAGAGAAGCCUGUUUGUGUCCAAUUCUUGUGUAAAUAGCUGUGACAGACUGUGGACACAAAGGUGAAUGCGCUUUUUUUUUUUUACUUUGGAUUGGCACUGUGAAGAACCCUCAGUCACAUCUGUGCAUUUGGUUUCUUUGGAAAAUGGUUCAACAUCAAACUGCA